AUGCACGACGAGCGCCAGCUGCAGGUCGCGCCUAUCGUGCAAGAGAGCGUGCUGCACAACGCGCGGACCCUCUCCAACAUCCGCAACCUAACAGCCUCGCUCUUCGGCGUCGCCGCCGGCACCCUCGGCCUCGAGUCGACGCCGGGCUUCCUGUUCUACGUCGGCGGCGCGGUGCUGGUCUCGCUGCUCAUGAGCCUCGUGCGCGCGCGCGGCGCCCCCGGAAAGUUCUUCUACCGCCCGCUGGCCGAGUUCUGGAUGGGCGACGUGGUUGGCGCCGCCAUGUCGUUUGUGCUGACGUGGACGCUGUUCUACGGCUUGUUGAGGGCAUAG